AUGCAUCGCGUUGGUGUUCUGUCCCUAACGCCGGAAAUGGUUAUGGUUGGCAGGCAGGGGUACUCUCACAGUCCAGGCCUCCGAACGGGGGAUAGUAAAGGCCUCAUGCCUGGAUUUAAUUUCAAGUGGCAAGCGCAAAUCAACACGCAAAUUAAGCAAAGCGAUGCGCACGAAUGGUUGGAGGAGAGCAAGAGGCUAUGUUCUAUCAGAAUCACCAACAACGUCCUGAAUCAUGUUUUUAAUGGUGCCUUGGAAGAUUGCAGUGUAAGAGAAAGAAUGGCUACCAACUCUGUUGCAAAGAGACACGGCAGUGUGGAGUUGGCAAAGAAUCAUGUGAUGAGUCCUACUGCAAGUGCUAUGUCAGCAGUAACCAGCGCUGUUAGUGAUGAAAUUGAACCUCUGAACAGGUCUAUUCGCUCUGAAGUGGGGAUCCGCUGGCCUAAUGGUUCCAAUAUUGAUGCUUCUCUGGCAGAGAUUUCCGAUGCCAAACAGACCCUGCAGUUUGAUGGCAAGGCUAGAGAUGGUUAUGGUGAAGUUGAGCAUGAAUGCACAGCCAAGACAACGGUCAAUGAUGACAUUAAACCACUGAACAUGCCUAGUGGUUCUCAAGUGGAGAUCCAGUCGCCUAAUGGUUCCAAGAUUGAUGCUUCUCUGCCAAAGAUUCGUAAAGUCAAAAAGAGUCCUCGAUCUGCUUCUGCUGACAAGCCCGUAGAUGGUCAUAAUGAUGCUGAGAAUGAAUGCACAGACAAGACAACGGUACAGCCUUCUCCAGCUAAAGCUCCCUUGUCUGAAGAAGCUAAAGAAGCACGGAAGGCUCUUGCUACCAUCUACGACAAAGUUCUGGUGGUUGACACUGUCGAGUCAGCUAGGAGUGUUGUUCAGUUACUUACCACCAAGUACAAGAGCUUUAUUCAUGCAUGUGACACAGAGGUAGCAAAUAUUGAUGUGAAACAAGAGACACCAGUUGGCCAUGGAGAUAUCACAUGCUUUAGCAUCUAUUCUGCCAGCCCUGACGCUGAAGCUGAUUUUGGAAAUGGUAAAACAUGCAUUUGGGUGGAUGUACUGGAUGGUGAAAAAGAUGUCCUCAUGGAGUUUGUCCCCUUUUUUGAAGACCCGUUGAUCCGGAAGGUUUGGCACAACUAUAGUUUUGAUAACCAUGUUAUUGAGAACUACGGGAUCAAAGUUGCUGGAUUUCAUGCCGAUACAAUGCAUCUUGCACGGCUUUGGGACUCUUCAAGAAGAUUGGACGGAGGAUAUUCACUUGAAGGACUCACAAAUGAUAACCGAGUCAUGGGAGUUGUCCCAAAGGAGCUACAAAAGAUUGGAAAGAGAUCAAUGAAAACCAUCUUUGGCAGGAAAAAGAUUAAAAAGGAUGGUACCGAAGGAAAAAUAACUACCAUGGAGUCUGUUGAGACUUUGCAGAGAGAGGACAGAGAGCUGUGGAUCAGCUAUUCCUCUUUAGAUUCAAUGAGUACCUUGAGGCUUUACGAAAGCUUGAAAAGCAAGCUUGAAAAAAAGCACUGGACUUUUGAUGGUUGCCCCAGAGGUUCAUUGUAUGAUUUCUAUGAGGAGUAUUGGCGUCCUUUUGGUGCCAUUCUUGUAAAAAUGGAAACAGCUGGAAUGCUUGUCGACCGUGCUUACCUGGCAGAGAUUGAAAAAGUUGCUGUUGCACAACGAAAAGUAGCUGCUGAUAAGUUUCAGAAAUGGGCGUCUAAACAUUGCCCUGAUGCAAAGUACAUGAAUGUCAAUAGUGAUACCCAGAUUCGGCAGCUCUUCUUUGGUGGCAUAGAGAAUAGGCGCACCCCUGGUGAAUUUUUGCCAAAGAGUAGAACUCUUAAAGUGCCAAAUGAUGAUACCACAGUUACAAAGGGAAAGAAGGCUCCAAAAUAUCGUACAAUUGAACUUUUCAGCAUUGUAGAAGAUCUGGAACCUGAGAUAUUCACUGCAAGCGGUUGGCCUUCAGUCAGUGGGGAUGCACUGAGAAAUUUGGCUGGGAAACUGAAAACUGAUCUUGCUUACACAAUGGACGUUGCAGAGGAUGAUGAAUAUGUGAGUGAUUCAGAAAAUUUUGAGGAUGAUGUAGAUGAUAUUUCCGCAUACGGGACUGCAUACAAAGCAUUUGGAGGAGGAAACAAAGGAAAGGAAGCAUGUUAUGCCAUUGCAGCUCUCUGUGAGAUCUGUUCUAUUGAUUCGUUGAUAUCCAACUUUAUUCUUCCCUUACAGGGAAAUCGUAUAUCCUGUAAGGAGGGAAGGAUCCACUGCUCAUUAAAUAUCAACACAGAAACUGGGCGUUUGUCAGCAAGGGCGCCAAAUUUACAGAAUCAACCUGCACUUGAAAAGGACCGGUACAAAAUCCGUCAAGCUUUUGUUGCAGCUCCGGGGAACUCUCUUAUUGUUGCUGAUUAUGGUCAGCUGGAGCUUAGGAUCCUGGCACAUCUUGCUAAUUGUAGAAGUAUGUUAGAUGCUUUCAAAGCUGGUGGUGACUUCCAUUCCCGGACAGCCAUGAAUAUGUACCAGCAUAUUCGUGAUGCUGUUGAGGAAGAGAGAGUGCUUCUUGAGUGGGAUCCUCAACCUGGUCAAGAGAAACCCCCUGUGCCGAUGUUGAAGGAUGCCUUUGGUGCUGAGAGAAGGAAAGCUAAGAUGCUCAAUUUCUCCAUCGCAUAUGGAAAAACAGCUAAUGGGCUUGCUCGGGAUUGGAAGGUAAAACUUAAGGAAGCACAUGAUACACUGGAUCUCUGGUACAGAGAUAGACAAGAAGUUUUGGAAUGGCAAACGAAACAGAAAGAAUUAGCACAUGAGAAGUCUGAGGUAUAUACGUUGCUUGGACGAUCACGCCGUUUCCCCAACAUGGCCUAUUUGGCUAAUAAUCAAAAGAAGCACAUCGAGCGUGCUGCUAUAAAUGCUCCUGUACAGGGAAGUGCAGCAGAUGUUGCCAUGUGUGCAAUGCUUGAGAUAGAGAGGAAUAAUCGUCUGAAGGAGCUUGGUUGGACCCUCCUAUUGCAGGUGCACGAUGAAGUGAUACUGGAAGGACCUUCAGAGUCGGCUGAGGUAGCCAAGGCGAUAGUGGUCGAGUGCAUGUCCAAGCCCUUCUACGGCACCAACAUCUUGACGGUUGACCUGGCUGUCGAUGCAAAAUGUGCACAGAAUUGGUACGCGGCCAAGUAGACUCCCGUUCGUCGACUCCCCAGCAUGGCGUAGUUGUGCCCCAGAAGUGCAUCUACUCCAGCCAAUUUUGGUCCGUUUUGAGCUGGUGUCAACUGCUUGGCCUAUGUGCGGCAUGCAGCAGCGAAGGCACUGUGUACACUACCAGUUAGGUUGAAUAGCUGGACUCUCCACACCCCUCGUAGUAUGACUGAAGGUAGAGGAAAGUAGGAAAGACUUGGCAUGCAUAUUGUCUAUAUGAUUUCCUUAGUAUGCAAAUGUGUAUUAGGUUAGAUGACCUGUUCUGCUAAUGUGUCUAACACGUCCAUUGAGCUAUAACUUGUUUGAUCGAUCC